AUGAACGGCGGUCGGUUUGAUUUCGAUGAUGGGGGCACGUACGUGGGAGGCUGGGAGGAGGGGAAGGCUCACGGCCACGGUGUGUGUUCUGGUCCUCAAGGAAAAGGCGAAUAUGCGGGCGCUUGGCACUACGGUUUCGAGGUGUCCGGAGCCUACUAUUGGCCCUCCGGGAACACAUAUCAUGGCCAAUGGCAAAACGGGAAGCGACAUGGACUAGGUGUAGAACAACGGGGGCGAUGGACCUACAAAGGAGAAUGGACGCAGGGUCAGAAGGGACGGUACGGGGUACGAAAUUCGGCCACCUCCCAAGCAGAUACAAGGCAACGUGGUCAGGCGAUAACCAGACGGCUUACGGGCAACGGGGAGAUCUACGCGAACUAUCAGGGCAAUCUGAGUUACGUGGCUUUACGACACGGCUACGGUACUCGACGUAGCGCCACGCAUGGCAGGCGGCUAAACUUCGGCCCAAGUCACAUACGCAUGCCUCCCUGA